AUGAUUUUAAUAUGGAAGCCUCCACGAAUGGGCUUCAAGAACUGUUUUAGCCCGGCUAUUGAUACUCUCCUCCUCCUGUUGAAGAGCUUACCAUUGGGCUGCUAUUUCAACAUCUAUAGUUUUGGAUCCGGAUAUGAACACAUCUUCCCGAAGAGUGUGGAGUACAGCCAAAAGACCAUGGAGGAAGCUCUGAAGAAAGUUGGAGAGAUGGAGGCUAAUCUGGGAGGAACGGAGAUCCUUCGGCCACUUCAACAUAUUUACAGCCAGCCCUGCAUUCAGAAUCAACCAAGACAACUCUUUGUGUUCACUGACGGAGAAGUGUGGAACACCAAAGUAGUCAUCGAUCUGGUGAAGAAGAAUUCACAUCUGCACAGAUGUUUCUCUUUUGGGAUUGGGGAAAGAGCCAGCUCUGCUCUCAUCAAUGGGCUGGCCAAGGAAGGAGGAGGUCAUGCUCAGUUCAUCACAAGCACCGACAGGAUGCAGCCCAAAUUGAUGCAGUCACUGCGAUAUGCUCUUCAGCCGGCCGUGAUCGACGUCUCAGUCUCUUGGGAUCUGCCAAAGGUUGUGUCUGUCUCUGUCCUCUCUCCACCAAUCACAGCACUAUUUCAGGGUCAAAGGUCGCUGGUUUAUGCCCAGCUCAGUGGACAGAUUCCAGAGGCAGCAGAGGGCUCUGUGACAGUGAAGUACACGCUGGCUGGUCAGCCCCUGCAGAACAGGUUUAACUUCAGCCUGAAACCUGCAGAGGACUCUGGACUAACAGUCCACAGACUGGCUGCUCGAGCUCUGAUUCGCUCCCUGGAGAUGGAAAACCGAGAGUCCAAAGACCAGAGUGUACAUGACCUAUUCUACGAGGGUGCAUCAUCGCCGUUGGAGUGGUGGUACAACUCGGAUGAAAACAUGUCUGAGCCCAGUAAGCCCCCCAUGGACCCUCUGCUCCAGCUGGUCUCCCUCCAGAAGGCAUCCGGCUGCUGGGACCUGGCUCCAGAUCUUGCUGCUGCAGUGGGCAAAACCAGUGAAGAGGUGGAGAAGCAAAAGCCUGCAUUGGUGAGCCAGGAAGUAUGGGCCACCAUUCUGUCUCUGAUCUGGCUUCAUGGUUUCAAGAUGGACUCUAAGGACGAGUGGGAGCUUCUGGCCAUGAAGGCGGUGUCAUGGCUUCAGGCACAGAAUGUAUCAUGUGUGGAAGAGUGCGUGGACGCCGGAAAUGCACUGUUGGGCUGUAAAGUGCAGAAAGAUGCUUUGGGUCUUUGAGGGUUUUACUGCUGACUUAUUCUUUAAUGGGAUUGUGUUUGCACCAGUAAGUGCUGUGAACCAUAAACAUGAACUUACUUUAAAGGGAGCUGCUGCUGGUCCCUCAUGGUUUUGCUAUU